ACCGGCACGUCAUCGGCGACCUUCAUUCAACCUUUUGACGUCUCGCUCUGGCUCAAAAUACUGGCCGCAGUCGUUCGGUUCAUUUAAACUGUGUGUGCACGCCUUCCAGUAAAGGUCGCUAGAAGCCGAAUAUCUGUGCUCUCGUUUUUGGUGAAGUAACAUUCAAACCGCAAACCUAUCAACAUGACUACCUACUUCAACUACCCACCCAAGGAUGUCCAGGAGGAGCUGGCCCGCAUUGCCAAGGCUAUCGUUGCCCCCGGCAAGGGAAUCCUGGCCGCUGACGAGUCGACCGCCACCUGCGGCAAGCGUUUCGCUGACAUCGGCGUCGAGAACAACGAGGACAACCGUCGCCAGUACCGUCAGCUGCUGUUCACCGCCGACGAUCGUCUCCAGGAGAACAUCUCCGGUGUGAUUCUGUUCCACGAAACGCUGUACCAGAAGGCCGAUGACGGUACCCCACUGGCCGCCAUGCUGAAGAAGAAGGGCAUCCUGGCCGGUAUCAAGGUCGACAAGGGUGUCGUCGAUCUGAUGGGAUCCGAGGGCGAGUGCACCACCCAGGGCUUGGACGACCUGGGUGCCCGCUGCGCUCAGUACAAGAAGGACGGCUGCGACUUUGCCAAGUGGCGUUGCGUGCUGAAGAUCGGCAAGAACACCCCCAGCUACCAGGCCAUCCUGGAGAACGCCAACGUGCUGGCCCGCUACGCUUCGGUGUGCCAGUCGCAGCGUAUCGUGCCGAUCGUCGAGCCCGAGAUCCUCCCCGACGGUGACCAUGAUCUGGAACGUUGCCAGAAGGUCACCGAGACGGUGCUGGCCGCGGUGUACAAGGCCCUCAAUGACCACCACGUCUUCCUGGAGGGAACUCUGUUGAAGCCGAACAUGGUCACCGCCGGACAGAGCUGCGCCAAGAAGCCGUCCGCCCAGGAGAUCGCCCUGGCCACCGUGUUGGCCCUGCGCCGUACUGUGCCAGCUGCCGUGCCCGGAGUCACUUUCCUGUCCGGUGGACAGUCCGAGGAGGAAGCCUCCGUCAAUCUGAACGCCAUCAACCAGGUCCCGCUGCUGAGACCAUGGGCCCUGACCUUCUCGUAUGGACGUGCCCUGCAGGCUUCGGUACUGCGCGCCUGGGGAGGCAAGAAGGAGAACCUCAAGGCCGCUCAGGAUGAGCUCAUCAAGCGCGCCAAGGCCAACGGUGAUGCUUCCUUGGGCAAGUACGGUGGUGGUGUCGUCGGAGCCGCUGGACAGGGUAGCUUAUUCGUCGCCAACCACGCUUACUAAGCGUCCCCUGGUAGGCAUAAUCCAACCCUUCACCUCAAAUAAGAAAAACCUCUCCUCCUCAACGAAAAGUGUCGCCAAGCACAUAUUAAAGCAAGCAACCCAGUACAGAACACCCAGACCUACUAACCUCAGCAUAUAUCUGUAGCCUAUGGUUGUUAAUAGUUGUUUGCACUCACUUCCUCUCACCCAGGGGGAAAAAGCUUGAGAGUGUGCUUCGUAGAACUGGAUAGGUACAACUCAAAUAAAGUCACACCGAUAGAAAAAAAAAAUCUCAUCCGCAAUGAUGCUGGUAGUUGAACACGAGAGGAUUUUGAUCAAUAGGACAGGACACAAAGAUAAGACACUAAACGCAAUUAUCAUCAGACAACAAACUAUAGUAAUUUGUUAAAAUGUUGGCAAAGGCAACGCAGGAGAAGCCAUGCUUCAUAAAAUUAAGCGUAAACAAGAUUGCUAGUAAGAUUCAUCGAAGGAGUAGAAUCACCAUCAGGAAAAAAAUCUUCAGUUCUUACAAUAGUCAAACAGGGAAAAAUUAUACUCAUUUCAAAAUGUGUCGUUACAUCAAGCAUACAUAAUCGAUCCAAAACGCAGGACACAAAAAAAACUACAAAUUAUACCUCGUGAAGUUUUUUGAAACCAAAUCCAGUGAACGUAAGGGAGAAGAUUAUUAGGAUUAAACUGUUUCGUUCUAACGUUAGUUUUACGUAUUUAAACAAAAACCACGGUUAUUACAAAAUGGACUACACAGUUGGUUGAACUAGACAAGGAAAUAAACUGAGCGUAAUGAUUAAAUCAAA